AUGGCUCCCAAAAAGAAGAUUGCCGUCAUGACCUCUGGGGGUGACUCCCCAGGCAUGAAUGGCGUUGUUCGAGCCGUUGUGCGAACAGCAAUUCACAUGGGCUGCGAUGCUUUCGCCGUCUACGAAGGAUAUGAGGGCUUGGUGCGGGGAGGCGACUUUAUCAAGCAGAUGGAAUGGCACGACGUUCGAGGCUGGCUUUCUGAGGGAGGUACCCUCAUUGGAACAGCUCGAUGCAUGGCAUUUUACGAACGACCGGGGCGAUUGACAGCUGCCAAAAACAUGGUUCUCAAUGGAAUUGACGCCUUGAUUAUCUGUGGAGGAGAUGGCUCACUUACUGGCGCUGACAGGUUCCGAUCUGAAUGGCCGUCAUUGCUGGACGAGCUGGUGAGGAACGGCGAGCUCUCCAAGGACCAAAUUGCUUCUUAUAAGCACCUCAACAUUGUCGGCAUUGUUGGCUCCAUUGACAACGACCUUUCCGGUACUGACGCCACCGUCGGUUGCUACUCUGCCCUGUCCCGAAUCUGUGAAAUGGUUGACUAUAUUGAGGCUACUGCCUCGUCACACUCGCGCGCUUUCGUCAUCGAAGUUAUGGGACGGCAUUGUGGCUGGUUGGCUCUGCUGGCUGGUGUUGCGACAGGCGCUGACUUUGUCUUCAUCCCCGAGCGUCCCCAAGAGCACGACUGGAGAGAAGACAUGCGAGUAGUUGUUGACAGACAUCGCCAACUCGGCAAGCGCAAGACCAUUGUCAUUGUCGCCGAGGGCGCUCGUGACAAGGAUGGCAACAAGAUUACUCCCGAAGAAAUCAAGGACCUCCUGGCAGACAAAUCUGAGAAUGGUCUUGGCCUCGACACUCGCAUCACGACUCUGGGUCAUGUUCAGCGUGGAGGCACCGCAGUUGCCUACGACCGGGUGCUCGCUACGCUCCAGGGUGUAGAAGCUGUCCAUGCCGUCUUGGAAGCGACCCCGGAGACAGAGACUUGCUUCAUCGCUAUGAACGAGAACAAGAUUGUGCGAAAGCCGUUGAUGAAGGCUGUGCAAGAGACUAAAGAAGUGGCAACUGCCGUCGAUGCAAAGGACUUUGAGAAAGCUAUGUCACUGCGUGAUGCCGAGUUUGCCGACCAAUACAACUCUUAUAUUACAACGACGAACGUCAUGAUUGAUGACCACAAACUGCCCCAAAAGAGUCGCAUGAAGGUUGGUUUCAUCAACGUGGGUGCUCCGGCCGGCGGUAUGAACGCAGCGGUGCGAGCAGCAGUCGCCUACUGCAUUAGCAGAGGACACGAGCCUAUUGCUAUUCAUAACGGAUUUGCAGGGUUUGCACGCCACCACGAUGAUAAGCCCCUUGGUUCAGUUCGACCAUUCGACUGGCUAGAGGUAGAUGGGUGGGCGAGCAAAGGUGGCUCUGAGAUUGGCACAAACCGUGAACUGCCUGAAGAAUCUGGCAUGGAACUGAUUGCCAACCUGAUUGAGCAAUACGAAUUUGAUGCUCUCUUCAUUGUCGGUGGCUUUGAAGCCUUCCACUCCGUAGCGCAGUUACGAAAGGCUAGGGAUCAGUACCCUUCGCUCUGCAUCCCAGUCUGCCUGCUGCCGGCGACCAUCUCCAACAAUGUCCCAGGCACCGAAUAUUCUCUUGGGUCCGACACGUGCUUGAACGAGCUGGUGGGCUACUGCGACAAAAUCAAGCAGUCAGCCUCUGCUACCCGCCGACGAGUUUUCGUGAUUGAGACACAGGGUGGCCGGUGCGGAUAUAUUGCUACGCUCAGCGGACUCAGUGUAGGCGCCUCGGCGGUCUACAUUCCCGAAGAGGGUAUCAGUCUCUCCAUGCUCAACGCCGAUGUCAACCAUCUCAAACAGGUUUUCAAAAACGAUCGUGGACAGUCACGCGCCGGCCGUCUCAUCUUAGUUAAUGAAAAGGCCAGCAAGGUCUACGACGCGAAGCUUAUUGCCAAUAUCAUCCGUGAGGAAGCGCACGACCGCUUUGAAAGCCGUGAAAGCAUUCCCGGACACGUCCAACAGGGCGGUGUUCCGUCGCCCAUGGAUCGAUGCCGAGCGGUCAGAUUGGCAAUCAAGUGCAUUCAGCACCUGGAGGACUAUGGCUGCAAUGCGCACAACCGUGUCAAGAAGGAUCCCAACAGCACCUCAGUUAUUGGUAUCCAAGGCUCCGAAGUUGUUUUUACGCCGAUGAAGGCGUUGGAGGAGCAGGGUACCGACUGGCCCAACAGACGACCCAAGGCUGCUCACUGGCUUGCGAUGCGUGAUGUUGUGGACGUGCUGGGUGGCCGCCCUGACUAUCCUAGACCCGAGAAGAGCCUGACGGGAUUAAUCGCCAAAGAUACCAAGAGGGGUAUUGUGUGA